UCUGUGGCUUCCAACUGAAUCAGUCAUGGGGCUGCUGGUGCUUAUCCUCCUCAGCUGUUUGGUUGCUCUGCUCGGAGGGCUGUACGUUCUCGGGGUUUUCCGAAAGCAGCGGCCAGGAGAGCCCCCUCUUGACAAAGGUCUAAUUCCUUGGCUGGGCCAUGUCCUGGAAUUUCGCAGGGACACUUUCAAGUUCCUUGAGAGGAUGAGGCAAAAGCAUGGGGAUGUUUUCACAGUGCAGCUUGGAGGAUUUUAUUUCACUUUCCUGCAGGACCCGUUCUCCUUCGGGGCCUUUGUCAAAGAGAGCCGAGAGAAGCUGGACUUCAAUAGUUUUGCCAGGCAGCUUGUUAAUAGGGUUUUUGGUUACAAAGCUAUCCAGAAUGAUCAUCAUAUCCUGCACAAUGCCAGCAACAAGCACUUGAAGGGGGAAGGACUGGAGGUAAUGACACAAGCCAUGAUGAGUAACUUGCAGAAUCUGAUGUUGCACAGUGUGGGCUCGGCCACAGAUCAGAGCCCCUGGAAGGAAGAUGGUCUGUUCAUGUACAGCUACAACAUUGUUUUCAGAGCUGGUUUUUUGGCUUUAUUUGGAAAUGUGCCACACACGUCUGAGGGAGGUGAGGAGAAAGCUAAAGAGAAGGACCGAACGCAUUCAGAAACUCUUUUUUAUGAAUUUCGUAAAUACGACCAACUCUUCCCCAACCUGGCAUAUGGAGUCCUUCCGCCGAAGCAGAAGUGGGAAGCUGACAGACUGCAGUCCUACUUCUGGGAUGCUGUGUCUGUGCAGAACAUGAAGGCCAAGGACAACAUCAGUCGCUGGGUUUGGGACAUGCAGCAGGCCAAAGAAGAGGUGGGCAUGGAUGAGUCAAUGAUCAACAAGUACAUGUUUGUGCUUCUCUGGGCCUCUCAGGGAAACACUGGGCCCUCUUCGUUCUGGCUUCUCCUCUUCCUCCUGAAACACCCCGAGGCCAUGAAAGCAGUGAGGGAAGAAGUUGACAAAGUUUUAAAGGAGACAGGGCAGACAGUCACACGUGGUGGCCCCUUGGUAGACCUAAGUCGUGAAAUGCUCAUGAAAACUCCUGUCCUGGACAGCGCCGUGGAGGAGACCCUCCGGCUCACAGCUGCACCCCUCCUCACCAGGGCUGUGCUCCAGGAUAUGACUCUCAAGAUGGCCGAUGGACGUCAAUACUUCAUCCGCAAAGGUGACAGGAUGUCGAUAUUCCCCUAUAGUGCGGUUCACAUUGACCCAGAGAUCCAUCCUGACCCGCAUGCAUUCAAAUACGAUCGCUUUCUGAACCCAGAUGGAAGCAGGAAAACUGAGUUCUACAAAGGCGGGAAGAAAGUAAAGUAUUAUAACAUGCCAUGGGGUGCAGGUGUCUCCAUGUGUCCUGGGCGAUUCUUUGCCACCAAUGAGCUGAAACAGUUUGUGUUCCUCAUGCUAGUGUAUUUUGAGUUUGAGCUGAAGAAUCCCAAUGAGGAGAUCCCUGAAAUUGACUUCAGACGUUGGGGCUUCGGAUCGAUGCAGCCCAUCAGAGAUGUUCAGUUUAGAUACAGACUCAGAUUUUAAAGAGCUCUCAUAAAACACGUAAGAUAAUUGUACUAUCAGCAUUAUAUUGCAUCAUCAUAUGGUCCGUUCAUUCUUGCAAUAGAUCCUGCUACUACAAAAUACUUGCACUAUUAAAAUUAUGUAAAACAUAACUUUUCCAUACAUAUAACAGAUUGGGUUUCUCACUACAUUCCUUACAACGAAACUUUGCUCAGAUAAACAUUUUGAAUGUGCAGUUGAAUGACAAAAAGGUCUGUCUAAGUCUAAUUCUACUUACUCUCUUUCUUAGCAUAACUCUUUCUAUUUCCCUAGAGACAAUGGCAAACUGAGCAUUUUGUUCUAUCAACUAAAUUUAUUUGGCCUACUUUAUAUUUAAAUGCACUCAACUUUAACUCAAAUCUUUUGUUUGUCUUUUUACUGCUGGGGGUAUAAAUCUCCUGUGUUUUGGUUCCUUUAGCAGGAAAUGAGUUGUAAAACAAAUAAAUAAUUCUGGUGACCUAAA